CGGAGGGACCUGAAUUAGGUCACCCGAGUUGCCAUUUGCAUUUUUUUAAUUUUUUUUUUUUUUUUAUUAGAGGGGGGGAUGCUCGCUCCUAUCUCCCCCCCCCCCAUCCCCGGAGGAGGCGGGGAAGGGAGGCGGGGAAGCUUUAGCCGAUGGCAGCGACUCCCCGGCGGCGAAUGCCAGCGGCAGGCGGGCGAUGGCGAGGAGCCGGGCGAUUUCCGAAUAUACCGAGGCGGAGGAUAAGAGCAUGCGGUUGGGUUUUCUCCUUAUCGCCGCCGGGUUGUUGUCCCUCUUGGGUUUGGGUUGUUGCUGGUUACGGCCGGCUUUGCAGGAGCGGGGGGGCGGCAGCUCCGCUAAUUGCACGGUGCUGGCGGUGCGGCAGCUCGGGGAACGGUUUUUUUGUACCUUCUCCUGCGGGACAGCCUGCCGAGGGACAGCCCGCUACCCCUGCCUCCAGGUCCUGGUCCGUACCUCCCGCUCCUCAGCCCCCGCUCUGCUCCAUGAGGACGAACGACAGCUCCGCACCAACCCCAAGUGUUCGUACAUCCCGCCCUGCGCGAGAGACGAUCAGGAGAACUCUGAGAACGUCACGUACAAGCAGAAAUACUGGAAAGAGAAAGUGGGUUCGCAACCAUUUACAUGCUAUUUUAACCAGCACUUGAGGCCAGAUGAUGUGAUGCUGAAGCGCACCCACGAUGAGACCGUCCUCUUGCACUGCUUCCUCUGGCCUCUCGUUACGUUCCUGGUCGGAGUCCUCAUCGUGGUCCUGACCAUCUGUGCCAAGAGCUUGGCCGUCAGGGCAGAGGCAAUAAAAAAGAAGAAGCAUUUGUAAACGGCGAGGCUGCUGAUGGAAAAGAAAAAGCUGCCAGAAGGUCUCAAGCGGGGCAACUCGACACACCUGCAGCUCUGCGGGGCACCCAGCUGCGCCUCCCACCAGGGUCUCGUCUGACGGUGGAGUCGCUCUUGCCUCAGGAUUAUUCUUGGGACACUGCCCCGUGAAAUGUCAGCUAGUUGCUUCUUCUGCUAUGACAGCGAAUAAGUAUAUUCUACCAAAAAAAUCGACACUGCACCAAAUACGCUGUGCGCUGUUAGUCCC